CACAUCUUCUUCGCCAUGAAAAACAUCGUCAUUGGUUUACUACGUACUGGGAACGAACUCCCCAGACUUCUUUUCGGCCGUGUGCCUCCUCUCUCUUCCUCUCCUUCUCCUCCUGAGAAAACUGUCUUGACUUGGUUGAACAAUCCAGGAUUUUGGCGAGAUUGUUCACGUCUUGAUAUGGCGAAGUCAAAGAAUCACACCAACCACAAUCAAGGCCACAAAUGGCACAGAAAUGGAAUCAAAAAGCCCAAGAAGCAGCGAUUUCCAUCUUUGAAAGGGGUUGACCCGAAACUCCUGAGAAACUUGCGUUUUGCUAAGAAGCAUAACAAGCGCCAUGGCGGAAAAGCUGUGAAUAUGGAAUCUUAAGCUUUUGUUUGUGGAAUAAAAAAAGAUGUAAAUAA